AUGCCAUCUAGGAAGCGUCUAGAGAACAAAGCCCGUCGUCGGCGCAAUCCCGUCCAGCUCAAUGAUUUCUUGCGCGGCGAUGACGACCCAGUUCAAAACAUAGCACCAUUAUCAUCAAAUGAAUCCCAGUCGCAGUCUACUCAAAAUGCCAACACAAGCUCCAUAGGCACCAUCCCAUCGAAGGGCCUGCUCCAAAGCGAUGUAACUCCUGUUAUGACGCCCACACCGGAGUCCGGCACUUACCAACAAACUAUUAACGUCUGGCGCUCACCUAGAGAAACCACUCAGCCCGAUGCCAACUAUAAUGUGAGUAGCGAGGAGUAUCCGGAUUUGGGCAUGCGUUUGAAGAGAGCCAAACAACCAACGCCGCCGAUGCCAAAUGUAGAGAACGGCGCCACUGGUUCGCGCCUUCGCAGUCGUCGCAGUCGCAUCAUAGAUCCGCCUGUGCUGGCCAACUUUUUGCCGGAUUCCGUGCUCCCGACGUCGAGCAACAGCAAGCAGCAAUCUGUAGCCAAUUGGCUAUCGUCAGUUAGUGAUCCUAGCGAAAGCCAGAAGACUGUCAACGAGCAGGCAAGUUGCUCUUCUUUGAACAAGAUAAGACUGCUGAGAAGGGAUUCAGUACAGGCGCUGGGGCAAAAAACUGCUGCCCAGUCCUCCCCGGACGACAAGAAUAUCGAGCAGCAGCAGACAAGUCCGGCAAAUGCUGCCAAGCAUCAGCAGAACACAACUGAUAAUUCUCCAAAGCCGCAAGAGAAGAGUUCUGUCAAUUCUUUACCGCAGCAGAAAGGAAGCCCCUCAAGAUCUCUCCCACAGGAGCAGAAGAAAUCGACUGGCAAUCUUACUCAGCAACAGCAGAAGAAUUCUGAAAGUUCUAGCCAACAGCGUCAGAAGAUAAGAUCUCCUGGCAAACAGCAGCAACAGCAGCAACAGAAGAGUCCUGUCAAUACUGCAAGGAGCCAGACGAAGCGGAAGUCUCCGGGCAUUCAACACGCCUGGCAACAACAAACGAGCCCACGAAGUUCUUUCCAGCAGGAGCAGCCCAAAUCUUCGGGCACACUUACAGAGCAGCAGCCGCAGCAGCAGCCAAAGAGUCUUGAGAAAACAUUGAAGCAUCAGCCGAAAAGUCCGACAAACUCUGUUCAGCAGCAGCAACGUCAGGUGAACCCAAUCAAUCCGAGUCGGCCGCAGUCGACGAGACCUGUCAAGCCCAUGCACUCGCACCCAAAGAGCCAGGAGAAGAAAGCUCCAGUUACAAACAAUUCCUCGGUACCCAUACGCGUAACCACCGAUGAGCGCAGCCAGCAGGCCACUCAAUGUGCGGGUCCCAGCAAUGUCAAAGAUGUGGACGAGGAUGUUGUGCCGCCGACGCCAAACUGCCAAAGUGAGAGACUGCCGAGAAGAUUCCCACGUCGCAACCGCAACCAGCGUGUGGGGCGCAGUCUGCAGGCGUUCAGCCGGGAGUUCACACAGUCCUCGCCGGAGGGAGCGCCGAAAGGACCGCCGGAAGGAUCACCGGAGGGAGCGCCGAAAGGACCGCCGGAAGGAUCACCGGAGGGAUCACCUGAGGGAUCGCCGGAAGGAUCGCCGGAAGGAUUGCCGGAAGGAUCGCCGGAGGAAUCUCCGGAGGGAUCGCCGGAGGGAUCGCCGGACCAAGAGGUGGUGCCGUGCCAGCAACAUGUGGAGAGCUUACCAGAUGACCAACCGAUCAGCCACAUGCAACAGUUGGCUAUGCGCAGCGCGUUGAACUCAAAUGCUCAGGAGUUCCGCCCUACGGUGAGGCGUGAGGCCGGAGGAUCCAGUCAACGUGCCCAAGUGUCCCGAUUGAGCCGAAGACGUCGCCGCCAGCGUUUUUUGCGCUCCUUACAUGUGGAACCAUGCGAGCUAGGACCUAGCCAGCCACUGGAGCCCAGAUGCCACGUGCCUGACUGCCGCUAUUACUGUCCCCCACCAUCAGUAAUCGAAUGCCCUUCUGAGAUCACUGAACCGGCGUCUCCACCACAGCUUCCGGUCACCAUACCACUCCAACCCAUGAUACCGCCGGCAACGAUCGAGGUGAACACCACCAGCAACCCGCCGCCCAUGGUCUUCUAUAAUCCGCAGUCGGGGAAUAUGUGGAGCAAUCCAUCACCAUAUUUGCCCAUUGAAAUCCAAAACCACAGGGCCAGCCAGUCGGUUUUUCGGCUUGCCAGCCUCCCAUGCACUGGUGUGGGCACCCCCACUAUGGAUUCCUUUACCAGCUGGCCACCCCCCAGCCAGCACCACAGCCCCAGCCUCCUCCCAUCCAGUAUUUCCGGGCCCAGCCAGUUUUCGCAUACCCUCAGUUCGCCGCCGGUGGAGCGCCGGCAGCAGGAAAUAUUGUCGCGAUCAAGUAUCCACCAGGACGAGGACCUAUUUUACAGCAGGCCUCUGCUGGAUAUGGAUCGGGAGGAAACCCAGCCGGAGCAGCAGGGCCAGGAAUGGCAGUGGCAAUCGCACCUGGAAUCAUCCAGCUUCCAGUCCCAGCGGCAGCCGCAGGUCGUCGCCGACGUACACGGCGUGCCAAACGCCGCCGUCGCUAAAGACGCAGGACCACCGCUCGAGCGUCACAAGCUAUUCCGAGCACCAUCACAGCACGGUCAGGACUAUCCCAAGCCGGAUCUAAACUGCGUGCCGUCCAGCAUCAAGAAGCUACAUCGCCUGAUCUCGUCGCAGUAUUCCGACUACUCAUUCGUCUACGCCUUGAGUGCUCAGCUCAGUCAGGACUGCGUGCCCAUGGAUUGCUAUGUGUACCUGAAGAUGGUACUGCUGGCCAGUAUCGUUUCCAUCGAAUCCGAUGAGGUGCGGCCUCCCAUUUCGCUAUGCAUCAUCGCCACCGACAGCCUGAUGGCCAAUCGUCUGAUGAACAAAGUUGGCCAACUGGCACCACGUUACCUGGGACCUCACGACUACGGACUGCAACCCACCUUCAGUGCUCUGCCCACACGCUUUAAUUGGAUAGUGGCCAGUCCUCUACUGUUGGCCCAACAGGGUGUUUACUACGCCGGCGAUUGGACCCGUCUGUCCAAGGAUCAGGGGUGUCAACUGGAAAAGUGCAUUGAAAACGGAGCGGUCCCAGUGCCGCAGUUGUACAUCGAUCAGCCCUUGGAGGCAGCCGUUUGGACCCACUGGCAGCCUGACAACUCCGCCAAUCAGACACUGGCCCUCGCCAAAUUGUGCCCAAUCUUCGGGCUGCCCAUUUAUAUGGGUGAUCAGGUCAGCAAGAGUCUCUGGAAUUUCAUAAUCCAGCAGCACAGCGCCGAGGGACAAAAUGCGGUUAACGAUGGCUUGAACAUCGCCGAGGACGACAUGCGCAUGCUUAUCCAUCUGUUGCACCAGCGCAAGACCACCAUAACCGAUGGCGCCCAGCAUAUGCUGCAAAAGUAUUAUGUGAUCUCCAGGAAGGAGCGACCGACUGUCUUCUCCAGCAAGACGUAUAUAGUGCUGAAACAAUUUGCCGAGUGCUUUGCCAAACUGGCGCUGCGUCUGGAGGUCCUUGAAUCGGACGUUUGUGUGGCCAUCUUUCACUGCGAGCAUUUCGUGCAGAGCAUUUUCGGGGCCAAGGAAAACCAGGCACCGCCGGGGGUGGUCAACUUCAGUGUGAUCUCCCGCAUCGAUCCGUACAUGAACGAGUUCGCACGCUGGCUGCUUCAGUAUCUGGAUAGCUAUGAGGACGAGGAGCUGGGGAUGCACGCGGCCAAGAGGCGACGCACCGAUAGCUGGGACAUGCCCUAAACGUUUGGCAUUGAUUUGGCAUUGUAUUACUUGUAGAUUUAUAACCAUCGCACACUAGACCAGUUUUGAAUACCUUUUGUAGUUUUAUACAAAUGGAUUUACAACGCUUGUGUUUGUAAACAAAAUUGGCACUGAAGCCACACAAUACUACCUCUAAUCUAUUCACUAUAACAAACAACACCUGAAGCGUUCAAAAGCAAAGUCUAUAUUUGUAAACAUUUGUUUUCCCCUUCGCCCAUACCUUAUCACUUGAUUCAUUCGGUAUAUGUUUUGUGUAUAUCGCAUGAUGAUCGCGGAUAGUUCUGAAGUUCUAUUCGCGAAAAUCAAGAACCAUUGUUUGAAUAAUCUUGUACCAGAUCGUUGGUAAUCGUUGAACAACGAUCUUUUUGGUAUUUUUUGGGAAAAUAAAUAUUUUCAAAAUUGUUUUUGGUACAUGUAUUAAAAUUAAAUGUGUGGCCAUGAA